CACGAUGACGCAGAGGGUAGGAGAGAGAACGAGAGGAAUUACCCACCGGCCUGUAGGCGUCGCUGCUGCAAAAUGAGACGGCUCUCCCGAGCGUCGGGCUGCUCUCUUUCUCCGAGGCCGAGCUGCUACUGCGCUUGUUGUGCUGCUGCCCAUACAGCAUGGCGGCUGCGGAGAAGACCACUAAGGAGAAGCUGCUCUCGGUGCUGGAUGACUUGGAAGUACUGUCCAGAGAGUUAAUAGAAGUGUUGGCCCUUUCCAGGAGCCAGAAACUAAAUCAACCUGGGGAAGAAACACAAAUUUUGGAACUUCUGAUUCAGAGGGACAGCGAGUUUCAGGAGCUGAUGAAGUUGGCAUUUAGUCAGGGCAAGACUCACCAGGAAAUGCAGCUCUUGGAGAAGGAAGUUGAGAAACGGGACAGUGAUAUCCAACAGUUACAAAAGCAACUAAAGGAGGCUGAACACAUACUGGCAACAGCGGUUUACCAGGCUAAGGAAAAAUUAAAAUCCAUUAAUAAAGCAAAAAGAGGUGCCAUCUCGUCGGAAGAAUUGAUUAAAUAUGCCCAUCGUAUUAGCGCAAGUAAUGCAGUCUGUGCUCCUUUGACAUGGGUGCCAGGUGAUCCACGUCGACCCUAUCCCACAGAUCUGGAGAUGAGGAGUGGUUUGUUGGGUCAAAUGAGUAAUCUCCCUACAAAUGGUGUCAAUGGUCACUUACCAGGAGAUGCAUUAGCAGCAGGGAGGCUUCCAGAUGUCCUAGCACCUCAGUACCCUUGGCAGUCUAAUGACAUGUCCAUGAACAUGCUACCUCCAAACCACAGCAAUGACUUUUUAAUGGAAUCUCUUGGACCUAACAAGGAGAAUGAAGAUGAUGUUGAAGUCAUGUCUACAGAUUCCUCCAGCAGCAGCAGCGACUCGGACUAAGUAGGGACUGCAGAAGGACACGCCCCUUUAUGUACUGUCUGCUGUAAGCUCCAAAAGAGAGCAGCAAAAACAUGACAUGCCUGUGAUGAAAGCUAUGUGCUCUCUUCUAAGCCCUUGCCCCUGACUCAGUCCUAUGAACUGAUUAUAUACUCAAAUGUAUUAUUCAAAUAUUUAACUGCAGUUGUGUAAAAAAAAAAAAAUGGGGGUUUUGUAAUGUAACAUUUUGAAAACUUGAUGGCAAAUAGAGAGAUCUUAAUGUCUUAUUCCUGCUAUAGUUUUUAUUGUGUCAGCGUAUUCUGUUUUGUAUCAAUUAUCCUAAAUGAUAAUCUAAAUAAUCCGAUUACUGGUGUUAACCACUAUAUUUUUGUAUCUUUUGUAAGUUGGCAUCACUUUUGUAUAUAAAUGUGUUUACAUGUAUAUAUGUUUAAGGCAGUGUGCAUAUAUGCUAAAUUGUACAUAUGAAAAGUACUAUUAUUCAAUACAUUUUUUUUUCUAUUGACAAACUUUAACCUUGUAUACCAAUAAGUUAUUCCAGUCCAUUGUUUUGUUUCAAACUUUAAAAUCUAAUUUAUUUUUUUGUUUUGAUGUCUCAGCCAAAUGCUUAACUGCCUUGGAUAGUCACGGUUUACACUGUGCUUCCUUAUAAAUGGUACAUUUGGGCAGAUAUAUUAACCUGGAGAAGGCAUAUGGAAGUGAUAAAACGGUGAAAAGUGCAAGGUUAUAAACGCACCAGCCAGUCAGCUCCUAACUCUCAUUUGCUUAUUGGAGCUGAUUGGCUGGUGCGUUUAUCACUUCCUUAUGCCUUUUCCAGGUUAAUACAGCUGUCCCAUUAUCCCAUAUAGUGACUCUAUACUGCAGAAAACACUGUAUGACUAUAACUAUACAUCAUACAUGGCAACUUAAACAACCACAGAAAAAAAGGUAAAGCAUUUAAUAAAUCGGAUUUGUCUAAAACCAGUAAAUGAGUGUUGGAUGCACAGCGCAGGGUAGGACAUUAUUACUGUACCUGUGAGACCGCUGUUGUUUUAUUUAUAAAUGUGGUAACACUAAUCCAUUUGCCGAAUCAUGUGAGGCACACUGAAUUUUGUAUCUAGUGUGUCCAAUCUAAACCUUCAUAUCAGAGGUUACAUCAGUUGCAUCUGUAAUUUACUUCAAUGGGAAGAACCACUAGAAAGAUCAUAGUGGUUAUAGAACAUUGUAGACAGAAUAAAUAAGUUGCAAAACAUAAA